AUGGCAUAUCCCUUGUCCUUACCCAGUGCCUGGUGUUUCCCCUGGCAGGCUCCAGCCCCCACCGAAGGGAAGGACGAAAUUGUGAACCUGCACGUCUCAAUCCAGGGAGACUCCCUGGAUGUCUCCGAGAAGAAGAAGGUGAUGCUGAGAGCCCUGGAGCCUGGGAUCUUCAUACAGACAGACAAGGCUGUCUACAAGCCUGGACAGCAAGUGAAGCUUCGAAUUGUCUCUUUGGAUAAAGACUUCAUUCCCAGCAAUAAGAAGCUGCCCCUGGUGUUCCUGAAGGAUCCCAGUGGGAACCGCAUCGCGCAGUGGCGGGAGGUGAGCCCUCAGCAGGGCAUCGUGGACCUGUCCCUCCCACUGGCCGCGGAGCCGGCCCUGGGCACGUACAUCAUUGCGGUGGAAGGGAAGACCCACUCCUUCAGCGUGGAGGAAUAUGUGCUGCCCAAGUUUGAGAUGACCAUUGAUCUCCCCGCUGUGGUGCUGGCGGAGGACAAGAAGUUCCAGAUGGAGAUCUGUGGACGGUACACCUACGGGAAGCCCGUCCAGGGGAAGGUCCAGGCCAGCUUGUGCCAGUCCACCAGGCACAUCUGGAUCCUGCACAGACUUCACAGUGCCCCCCAGAAAGAGAAGAACUGCAUCGAGGUUAGCGGGCAGACGGAGAAGAACGGUUGCUUUUCAACAGAGGUUUUGUUGUUGGCCUUCAACCUGACCAGUUCCAUGUAUGAGAAUCAACUCCAAGUCCAGGCAUCACUGGUGGAGGAUGGGACAGGGCUGGAGCUGAAAAACACCAAGAGCUGCAAGAUUUCACCCGAAAUCUUCACUGUCACCUUUGAAAACACUGACAAUUUCUACAAGCCUGGCAUCCCCUACGCUGGGACGAUGCUGCUGAAGGGAGCCAACGGCGCCGUGCAGCCGCAGAAGCAGCUCUUGCUCGUCGUUAGCCAGCAAGGAAAAGAUACGAGACAGACCUUCCUGACAGACAGAUCAGGGAGAGCCUCCUUCACACUGGAGACCUCUGGUUGGAGUGGCACUGUUUCCUUGCGUGGUGAAGUCAACAACACAGCUCACAGUCAGAACGGUGGCUCAACUAUCUACCGAAGGGCCUACACGUUCCUCAGCCCCUUCUUUUCGGCGAGCCAGAGCUUCCUGCAGAUCCACCGGCUGGAGAGUGAGCUGCCCUGCGGCCAGCCCCAGCAGCUCCGGGUGGAUUACGUCUUCAGCAAGGAGGCCUUGGGCACAGAGCGGGAUAGCCUGGAUGUGGUCUUCCUGGUCCUGGCCAAGGAGAAUAUUGUCAGCGUCCUCAGGAAAGAGCUGCCUGCAGAGGCUGGGCUGAGAGGCUCCUUCACCCUGGAGCUGCCCAUCGACCUCGAGCUGGCGCCCACGGCCAGGGUGCUGGGCUACACAGUGCUGCCCAAUGGUGAGAUGGUGGCUGACAGCACCAAGCUCAAGGUGGCCAAGUGCUUCCCCAACAAGGUGAAGAUGGCUUUUUCAGAGGACAGGGCUCUGCCCGGCUCAGAGCUGUGGCUGGAGCUUCAGGCUGCCCCAGGGUCCCUGUGCGCCAUCCGUGCCGUGGACCGCAGCGUGCUGCUCUUGAAGCCCGAGGCUAAGCUCAAUAUGGAGGCGGUCUACAAAGUUCUCCCUGAAUUCAACUACCCUGGAAGCAUUCAGGACCCACCACCCUGUCCAACGUUUUCCUGGGACUAUGACCUCGACUUUUACACUCCCGACAUUCCCAUCAUCCCACUUAACGCAGCACUGAAACUUUUCACCAAUGCCAAGAUCAGCGAAGUUUGCGAAAAGCCGGUCGGCUUGCCCACAGAAGUAGGUCUCCGAGGUCCCAGAGGAGGUGCUGGUUCCAGUGUCUUCUACUUGUGGAAAGAAGUUGGUGUCUCGGAAGGAAAGGUCCGUGGUAUCCCCAGUGCUGCUGUGCAGGAAGAGCCACCGGAGCCACCGGCACCCCGGACAUAUUUCCCAGAGACAUGGCUGUGGGACCUGGUACCCGUGGGGGAGGGGGGCUCUGCGGAGGUGACGGUGACGGUGCCCGACGCCAUCACCGAGUGGGAAGCCGGGAUGUUCUGUACGUCCCCGCUGGGCUUGGGGCUGGCCCCCACCACCACCCUCACAGCCUUCAAGCCCUUCUUCGUGGAGCUGGCGCUGCCCUACGCCGUGAUCCGCCACGAAGCCUUCACCCUCGUGGCCACCGUCUUCAACUACCUGCAGCAGUGCCUGCGGGUUCGGGUGACGCUGGCAGAGUCGGCGGAGCUGGAGGUGUCGGCGGGCGCGGACGAGGCGUACGGCGGUUGUAUCUGUGCGGACGAAGCGAGGACCUUCCGGUGGGGCGUGCGAGCCACCAGCCUGGGGGAGGUGAACAUCACCGUCAGCACUGAGGCCCUCAGCUCCAAGGAGCUCUGUGGCAAUGAGAUGCCCGUCACGCCGGCCCAGGGUCGUGUGGACACCGUGAUAAAGCCCUUGCUGGUGCAGCCCGGGGGCAUCCUGGUGGAAAAGGCGCACAACUCCCUGCUCUGUGAGGAAGGUAGGACUGCCCGGGGGUCUGCUGAAGAAAUCUCCCUGGAGGUUCCUGCGAACAUCUUAGAGGGCUCCCAGCGAGCCCAUGUCACCGUGAUGGGCGACAUCAUGGGCAACGCUCUGCAGAACCUGGACCGCCUCCUGGCCAUGCCCUACGGCUGUGGGGAGCAGAACAUGGUUCGCUUUGCCCCCAACAUCUACAUCCAGCAGUACCUGGAGAAGAGCGGGCAGCUGCAGCCCGACAUCCGUGCCAAGGCACAGGGCUUCCUGCAGAGCGGGUACCAGCGAGAGCUGCUCUACAAACAUGACGACGGCUCUUACAGCGCCUUCGGGAAGAGCGAUCCCAGCGGCAACACCUGGCUGACAGCGUUUGUCCUCAAGUCCUUUGGGCAGGCCAGAGCCUACGUGGCCAUCGAGGAGCGGCACAUCACGGACGCGCUGCGCUGGCUGCAGAAGCAGCAGCGGGAGACGGGCUGCUUCCGCAGCGUGGGGAAGCUCUUCAACAACGCCCUGCAGGGUGGCAUCUCAGAUGAGCUCUCGCUGUCGGCUUAUGUCACGGCUGCGAUGCUGGAGCUGGGGCUGUCCCCAACGGACCCGAAGGUGAGCUCAGCCCUGCAGUGCCUGGAGGCUUCGGCCACGGACGACCCCUACACGCAGGCGCUGCUUGCCUACGUUUUCGGGCUGGCGGGGCGCAGGGAGCAGCAGCAAACCCAGCUGCAGAGUCUGGCCCAGCACAGCAGGGAUUUUUUGAAGGAGAAGGCUCUCCCCCCCUCGCAGCCCUCCUGGGCUGCUGCCGCGCCGGCGGAGGUGGAGAUGACCGCCUACGUCCUCCUGGCCUACCUCUCCCAGCCCCAAGUGUCCUCUGCCGACCUGGGGACCGCUUCCCAAAUCGUCCGCUGGCUCAGCAAGCAGCAAAAUCCCUACGGGGGCUUCGCCUCCACGCAGGACACCGUGGUGGCUCUGCAAGCCCUGGCCAAGUACGCCACCCUGGUGUACGGCAGCAACGGGGACUUCGUGGUGACGGUGACGUCCCCGACGGGCCCCGUGCAGGACUUCGUGCUGCAUGACAGCAACCGGCUGGUGCUGCAGCGGGCGGCUCUGCGCCAGCUGCCGGGGGCGUACGGGGUGCGAGCCCGCGGGCAGGGCUGCGCCCUGGUGCAGGUGACCCUGCGCUACAACGUGCCACCCCCUCCGAGCGUGGGGACGUUCGAUCUCCGCGUGGAGACAGAGCCCGGGGAGUGCACGGGGGACGCCAGGACCCGCUUCCGCCUCCUCCUCCGGGCACGGUACACCGGGGAGCGUCCCGCCACCAACAUGGUUGUCAUUGAGGCCAAGCUGCCCUCUGGCUACAUCCCGGACAAGAGCUCCGUGGUGGAGCUGAAGAGGCAGAAGCUGGUGAAGAAGGUGGAGGUGCAGCCCGACCAAGUGACAAUUUACCUGGAUGAGCUGACAAAGGAAGAGGAGACCUUCUCCUUCACCGCCAUGCAGGACUUCCCGGUGAGGAACCUCCAGCCAGCCACCGUGACGCUGUACGACUACUACGAGACCGGUGACCGCACGGAUGCUGCCUACAGCGCACCUUGCAGCUCAG